CCUUUACUGAUUUGGUAUUAAGAAAAUGAGUGCUGUUGUACUUCCUAAACAUGUUGCCGCUGUAUUAAAAUGUCAAAAGAACCCAUUAAGGGCACUAGAAAUAUUCAAUUCAGUGAAAAAGGAACAUGGGUUUAGCCAUAAUUUGUUUACAUACAAAUGUAUUGUUGAAAAGCUUAGUUAUUAUGGAGAGUUCAAGGCAAUGGAAGGUGUCAUUGAAGAAGCCAGGAAGAAUAUUGAUAAUAGGUUGUUAGAAGGGAUGUACAUUACUGCUAUUAGAGGUUAUGGAAAGAAGGGGAAAGUUCAACAGGCGGUAGAUGUGUUUGAGAAGAUGGAUUUUUUCAAUUGUAACCCAUCUGUUCAUUCGUUUAACACAAUCAUGAAUAUAUUGGCUGAACAUGGUUAUUUUAAACAAGCCCAUAAAGUUUAUAUGAAAAUGCUGGAAAAUGGUAUUUCUCCUGAUGUAUAUACCUUUACUAUUAGGAUAAAGUCAUUUUGUAGGACAAAUCGGCCUCAGGUUGCUUUAAGGCUUUUGAAUAACAUGAUUGAUCAAGGAUGUGAAUUUAAUGCAGUUGCAUGCUGUACAGUAAUUGCUGGAUUUUAUGAAGUGAAUUGUCGAGUUGAGGCUUGUGAAUUGUUUGAUGAAAUGCUUAGGCUCAGAAUAACUCCUACUAUUACUACGUUUAAUAAGCUUAUAUGUACACUUUGUAAGAAGGGGGACGUCCAAGAAAGUGAAAGGCUUCUUAACAAGAUUAUGAAAAGGGGGGUGUUUCCAAAUUUGUUUACAUGUAAUCUCUUAAUACAAGGUCUUUCUGUAAACGGCCAACUACAUGAAGCUGCUAGGAUGUUGGAAGCUUUGAGGAAAGAAGGUUUAAAUGCUGAUGUAGUCACUUAUAACACUCUCAUAUGUGGUUUAUGCAAACACUCAAAGGUUGCUGAAGCUGAGUCUUACUUGCAUAAAAUGGUGAACCGCGGGUUCGAUCCUGAUGCAUUCACCUAUAACACAAUCAUUGGUGCAUAUUGCAAAUUGGGUAUGAUAGAGAAAGCUGACAGAAUCCUUAAUAAUGCAGUUUUUAAAGGUUUUGUUCCCGAUGUAUUUACUUUCUGCUCCCUUGUUUACGGAUUUUGCCAGGAUGGUGACUUCAACAGAGCCAAGAGUUUAUUUAAUGAAGCCAUAGGUAAAGGUAUGGAGUCUAAUAUAAUCCUCUAUAACACCUUAAUUAAGGGAAUGUGUCAGCAGGGACUUAUCUUAGAAGCAUUGAGAUUGAUUACUGAAAUGCCUGAGAAAAGUUGCAGGCCUAAUACAUGGACAUAUAAUCUGAUCAUCAAUGGGUUGUGCAAGAUGGGUUGUGUAUCUGAUGCUAGUAAUAUCCUGAAUGAUGCUGUGACCAAAGGGAUCCUUCCUGAUAUUUUUACCUUCAACACCUUGAUUGAUGGUUAUUGCAAACAGUCAAAAUUGGCUGAUGCAAUCGAGAUUCUAAAUACAAUGUGGCAUCAUGAUGUUGUUCCAGAUGUGAUAACCUAUAACACAAUGUUGAAUGGACUUUGCAAGCUUAAAACUUCUGAUGAUGUGAUGGAAACCUUCAAAGUCAUGGUGGAAAAAGGGUGUGUCCCAAAUAUAAUCACAUAUAAUAUACUCAUUGAGAGCCUCUGUAAAUCUAGAAAGCUUAUGAAAGCUUUAGAAUUACUUGAGGAUAUUCAAAGCAGGGGUCUUAUUCCUGAUACAGUGAGUUUUGGCACUCUGAUAAAUGGGUUUUGUGAGAAUGAGGAUUUGGAUGGAGCUUAUGAGCUAUUCAAAAGAAUGAAAAGGCAAUAUAAAUAUUCUCAUACUACUGCAACAUACAAUAUAUUAAUCAGUGCAUUUGCUAAAAAGCUGAAAAUGGACAUGGCAAAGAAGCUUUUUCUUGAGAUGAAUGAAUGUGGCUGUCCUCCUGACAACUACACAUACCGUUGUAUGAUAGAUGGUUUCUGCAAGGUCGACAACACUGAAUUUGGAUACAAGUUUUUGCUUGAAAACUUUUCGAAAGAAUUUCUUCCAUCAAAAGAAACAGUGGGACGUGUGAUCAAUUGCCUAUGUGUGAAGAACAGGUUACUCGAUGCAGUUGGUAUCAUUCAUCUCAUGGUGCAUAAGGGUGUUGUCCCUGAUGUGGUCCACACAAUUUUUGAAGUAGAUAAAAAGGAUGUGGCGGCUCCUAAGAUUGUUGUGGAAGACUUGCUGAAGAAGAAUCAUAUCACCUAUUAUGCCUAUGAACUUUUAUACGAUGGGAUAAGAGACAAAAAGAUUUUGAAGAAAUUAUCAAUGAAGGUAUUGCCUGCUAAGAAGGGACACUCAGGGAAUCCACUACUUUCUGCUGUGGCUGCUGUAACUCAUCGAAGAGCCAUGUUCCAUGGUAAUUGUGUGCUCCAUCAAGUCAUUUUUCUGGAGCUUGCUUAAUAGAUCCUUGUGACUUUUGAGGUCUUUAGGUUAAGAUCCCUUAUCACUUGCAUCCAUCUUGUGAGUCAAGAGAUAUUAUCUGUAAUAGGUAGUCUUUGUAGCAAAAGCUUAUCGGUUAGUGAGGAGGACCAACAUGCAAAGAGCCAGGCGAAAUUUCUGUGCCCGAAUGAGGGAAGUGGAAAGACAGUUAGGGAGAGGGAUAUACUUCUUUUUAGAAUCGUCGAAAUUUUAUGGCAAACCCUUUUCUUCUCAAUUUCUUUAGAACCAAACAAGAAAAUAAUAGAAGAUCAGACUAAAGGAGAUUUCACUGAUAUGAUUCAAUUUGACUUU